AUUUGUUUACGUGUUUUGAUGGGAAGCUGUAGGUCGGCUUAGCAUUUAAAGUAAUUUUCUUGAAGAUACGACAAACCAGUGUUGGAAAAGCGUUUAUAGUGAUAUAGAAACUGUCCCUUGUUUGAAAAUCAGACAAAAUGACGCGUGAUGGUACCGAAGAUAAGGGUGAAAGGCAGGAACCUGAACAGUUCCGCAAGCUUUUCAUUGGAGGCUUGGAUUUCAGAACCACUGACGAGUCUUUAAAAAAGCAUUUUGAAGCAUGGGGUGAGAUUGUGGAUGUUGUUGUCAUGAAAGAUCCAAAUACCAAAAGAUCCCGUGGAUUUGGAUUUAUCACCUACUCCAAAGCCUACAUGGUGGAUGAUGCACAAAAUGCCAGACCCCAUAGGGUUGAUGGUAGGGUUGUAGAACCCAAAAGGGCUGUCCCCAGACAGGAAAUUGGAAGACCUGAGUCAGGUGCAACAGUGAAAAAAUUGUUUGUGGGAGGGUUGAAGGAAGAUGUAGAGGAAGAAGACUUAAAAGAAUGCUUCAAAGGCUUUGGAAACAUUCUAUCAGCUACUAUUGUCACUGAUAAAGAUUCUGGCAAGAAACGUGGUUUUGGUUUUGUGGAAUUUGAAGAUUAUGAUUCUGUUGACAAGAUUUGCUUGUUGAGGAACCACACAAUUAAAGGAAAACAUGUUGAUGUCAAAAAAGCCUUGAGCAAAUCAGAAAUGGACAGACACACUUCUGGUGGUUCAGGUGGCGGCGGAAGAGGCGGUGGCCGCGGAGGUGGCGGUGGUGGAAGGGGUAACUAUAACAGUGGAAACAGCGGCGGUAACUGGAACAACCGCGGCGGUAGCGGCGGAGGUGACUGGUCCAACCAGGGUAAUGGCGGCGGCGGUGGCGGCUACGGCAACAACGGACCGUGGCAAAGCAACCCCUGGGACAACCAGGGCGGCAACAAUUGGAGUCAAGGGGCAGGUCAAGACUAUAACCAGGGAGGCAGCAGCUGGGGUGGCCAGCAAGACUUUGGAAACUACAACCAAGACUUCAAUGCAGGAGCAAUGAGGAGUAACUACCAGCAACAGAGACCGGCACCUUACAGCACCGGCGGCGGUGGAGGCGGUUACGGUGGCAGCUAUGGAAACCAGAACGGCAACAUGGGCGGCAACCGGAGAUUCUAAACAAUGUAAGUGCACUGGUUAAAUUGCCAAAGCAACGCCAGCUGUACGUUAUGUUUCAUAUCUACGUCCUAUGGACAAGUAUUAUUAAAUAGUUUAAACAGAUAAUAAUAUUAAUAUAUAAAUAAUUGGCAAAUUUAUUUUUUUGAUGCAUGCAGCGGAGGUGUUUGCAUUUGUUUAGUUCUAUUGGUUUCUUACAAAUUGAAUUUAAAAGCAUAUCUUUAUAAAAAAGAAGUUAACAUUAAAUACGUCCACAAAAAGUUGCUGUGCAAUUAAUUCACUGUGCAAAACCUCCGUCUGCAAGAAGAUCGCUAAUUUUUUAAAUCUCAAUGUAUUACCUAAUUGAUUUAUAAUUUUAUAUGUGACACUAUACAACUUAAACAUUUCGCGUUUAGGUUUAGGUUAAAUUAAUGUAAAUGUAUUUGUCUAUUUAUUAAAGAUAAUAAGAUAGUAUCAAAAAGUCUUUUUCGUCAAAUUAGGUUAGUUUUUAUAGGAUUCUGGACAGGUAGGCAUUCACUUUUUAUUAGUUAACAUUUUGAACAUGUAGAGGAUAGCUUGAACUAAACCAAAUUUAAAGCAUGUUUUUAAAAAUAUUUCGUAGUUUUUAUUAUUUUUG